GAGUUUGACAUUUAGAAUAAACACACUGGCGGCUUUGACAGAUGGAAAACUGAAAAUAUUCGAGUAAACACUUUUAUUUCUAUACCAUGAAACUUUGAGUUCAAUUGCUUUGGCUACAAAUAAUAAAUAACUUCUAUUAUAAGGAAAUCAUGAAUAAAGCGUUGGAGAAAAUCUGUUCUGCAGCAGUGCACCAAUGCUUAUUUUGUCCGCAAACAUUCGGUAGUGCCAGUGAAAAAGACGACCAUAUUCUGAGUCAUUUUUCAAGGAAAUCAUGUGGCAAGUGUAAUCAGAGCUUGAUUCAAAUCGGUGGCACUUUUUAUGUCCAACACAAUGCAGUCACAUGCAUCAAACGAGAUUGUGAAGUUCACAUCGAGUCGAUGUUUGUCGAUCAGCCAAUUCAGCCCGCUUUGAAAUAUGAACAUGAAGAGGAAAGUGAAUUGUUCAGCGAUGCGAUUUCAGGACCAGAGGCACAAGGAUCACAAAUCAAAGAUUCGACAAUCGAAAUAAUUUCUACAAAUACUUCGGCAAACAUUUAUCAGACUGAACAGGACCAGAUGCUACUUUCCGAAUCGAUCUCUUUAGCGGAAAUGAUUAUCAAGGAUGAGCCAGCAGACGGAGCGCGUGGUUUAUUUGAACAGGACGACGAAUUGAGUAAUAAUCAGUACCUCCAAACAGAUGAACAUCAGCCAGCACCAAAUACUGUGCAGCAAACGAAGAAGCGAAGAAUGAAAAAACCGCUUGAAUGUGAUAUUUGUGGUAUAAUAUUGAGAAGUGACCUGCACAGACAUAAGGUGCUUGCUCAUAGUCAACCCGGAAUGCAUUUUUGUCCAAUUUGCGUCCAAACAUUUCAAACUACUGGUGAAUUAUCAGAGCACAGAGCCAUUGUUUCACAUUGUUCAUCAAAGAAAAAUCGCGGACUACAUAAAUGUAGCAUUUGCAAUGCCAUACUAAAAACGAGAACAUCGUUUCUAAAACAUAUGAAAUCCAUACAUAGUCUAAAUACUUUGCAUAAAUGUAACAUUUGUGAAGCAUCGUUUACGCAAAAGUCUGCCCUUGAUAAACACCAUGAUCGCCAUGAAGACAGAACCCACUAUCAAUGUGAUAUUUGCAACAAAAUAUACGCGAGAAACGAUGUACUUCGUCGUCACAAAUUACGGAUGCACAGUGAUCCAGGAACACACGUUUGCAAUAUUUGUGUCAAUGUUUUUACCAGCGAAAACGAGUUGAUAGAACAUCAAACGAUGUGUCGAACGAAGCGGGAUCAGUGCGUUAAAGCAAAAAAAUCCAGAGGUGAAAAUGCAUCAUACGAAUGCUACUUGUGCCAUAAAUUAUCACCAAACCAUGGAGGCUUGCUCGCUCACAUUCGAAUGAAACACAGCACAUUUGGUGUGAAAUGUGACGUGUGCGGAUUGUGCUUUUUGUCAAACAGUCUGCUUGAAAAACAUCAGCUACGUCAUAUUGACAGCUUGAGAAAUCGGCUAUUUGUGUGUAGCAUUUGUGGAAAGUCAUUGAAGACGGAUUCAGGGCUCAAGAGUCACAUGAGCCUUCAUAGUAAUACAGAAAACCUUUACAAAUGCUUACUUAAAGGUUGCGAAAAGUAUUUUAUGACCAUACUAGACAGGAAUAAUCACACACAAACCCAUACCAGCGAAAAUAUUGAGGCGACAAACGAACAAGAAGAUACGGAUUUGAGUGAAAAUGAGCAGAAUGACUUAAUGGAUGGACGAAACUUGGAUAAAGCUCCUGACCAGGAACAGCUCAACCGCUAUUCUAUUACUUCAGAAACAAUUCCGAAAAGUGUAACACACAUCAAAGUAGAGUCGACAAUUGAUUACUCAUUAGACAAAUUACAAGAACAACAUUUAUCGCUGAGCAAAAGCAAUACAGUGGAAACGGUUCCGCAGAUGGGUUUAGGUGAUACAUUCAAGGCAGAAGACAAUUUUGUAGAACCAAAAGAUUCUUGUGCAGAACAACCAUUUCCGAAUGUAUCACAUGUCAAGCCAAGCAAAGCAAUCCCCGAAAUACAUUUACAGUCAGCACCAAGUAUGGCACAGCAAACGAAAAAGAGAAGAACCAGAAAACAGGUUGAAUGUGAUGUUUGUGGUAAAACAUUGACAAGUGGCCUGUCCAGACAUAAGGUGCUUGUUCAUAGUCCACCCGGAACGCUUUUUUGUACAAUUUGCGCCCGAAUAUUUCAAACUACUGAUGAAUUUACGGAGCACCGAUCCCAUUGUUUAUCAAGAAAGAACGGAGGACUGCAUAAAUGUAAUAUUUGCAAUUGCACACUGAAAUCGAGAUCAUCAUUUUAUUCACACAUGAAAUUCAAACACAAUCCAAAUAAUAUACAUAAAUGUAGCAUGUGUGAAGCAUCGUUCAUGCAUAAGUCUGCCCUUGAUAAACACUACGAUCGCCAUAAGAAUGGAAACGACUAUCAGUGUAAUAUUUGCGACAAAAUCUAUGCGAGAGGAGAUAUACUUCGUCGUCACAAAUUACGGAUGCACAGUGAUCCAGGAACAAAUAUUUGUAAAAUCUGCACCACUGUUUUUGCCACCAAGAACCAGUUGGUUGAACAUCAAGUGAUGUGUAGAACGAAACGGAAUCAGUGCGUUAAAGCCACUAAAUCCAGAAAUAAAAAUGCAGUAUACGAAUGCUAUUUAUGCCAAAAAGUAUCACCAAAUCAUGGAGGUUUGCGCGCUCACAUACGAUGGGCACACAGUGCAGAUGCAAUUAAAUACAAAUGCAACAUUUGCGACAGAAAAUACAACAAUCGAACCGCACUCAAACUACAUUCCAAGUAUCAUCUUCAACCGGCAAAUGAUCGAAAGCGGAUGUGUAAUGUGUGUGGCAAAUAUCUAGCGAAUAACGAAAUGCUUAAGAAUCACAUGUACAUUCACACUAAUGAAAAACCGUAUAAAUGCAAACAGGAGGGAUGCGAUAAAUAUUUCAGAACCACCAUGAACAGGCACGAACAUAUGCGCACUCACACUGGUGAGAAGCCAUUCAAAUGCACUGUCGAUGGAUGCGAUCAACGAUUUGCAUAUGGGAUCGAUUUUAAGCGCCACAAAUUCAAAUGCCAUGGUAUUUUCACCAAAAAGAUCCCAUGCACAAUUUGUAAUGAAAUUUUCCCAGAGAAUUUACUAUUGAAGAAACACAUGCAACGGCAUCAUGUUAACACGUAGACAGUUAAGCACACAUUUUAUAUUGAUAUUUCAAUUUUAAUCAUUUGAGCGAUAGAAAUUUCGAUAAGUUUGAAAUAAAUCCGAAAUUCAUAAAAAGUAAA